AUGGCAUUAGGCGCAACAGGUCAACAAUCAUCCAGUAUGAUGCAAUUCAAUGAGGAUAUCACUAAACAGUUAACACCGGAAGAAAUUGAUGAAUUUCGUGAAGCAUUUGUGAUGUUUGAUAAAGAUGGUAAUGGGACAAUUUCAACCAAGGAAUUGGGUAUUGCAAUGCGAUCAUUAGGACAAAAUCCUACCGAGCAGGAAAUAAUGGAAAUGAUUAAUGAAGUGGACAUUGAUGGUAAUGGUCAAAUUGAAUUUACUGAAUUUUGCGUAAUGAUGAAACGAAUGAUGAAGGAAACCGAUUCUGAAAUGAUUCGAGAAGCAUUUCGGGUUUUUGAUAAAGACGGAAACGGUGUUAUUACAGCGCAAGAAUUUCGAUAUUUCAUG